AUCUCCUCCAGUGCAAACAGCAGUACGACUUCCACCUCACAGCUAGCCACACAGCCAUGGCGGCGGCGGCGGCCUCUGCCACCCAAGCAGCACUCGCGCUCGCCCACGACCUGGAGGACGCCUCCGAAAGGAAGGCACACUUCGUGCUGGUCCCACUGAUGGCGCAGGGCCACACCAUCCCGAUGACCGACAUGGCGUGCCUGCUGGCCAGGCACGGCGCGCGGGUCAGCUUCGUCACCACGCCGCUGAACGCCUCUAGGAUCGCGGGGCUCAUCGACCACGCGGCGGCGGCGGGCCUCGCGAUCCGGUUCGUCAGGCUCCGCUUCCCCGCCGCCGAGUUCGGCCUGCCCGAGGGGUGCGAGAACGCCGACAUGCUCCAGUCCAGAGACCUGUUCAAGAACUUCAUGGACGCCUGCGCGGCGCUGCGGGAGCCACUCGCUGCGUACCUCAGAGAGCAAGAACAACCUCCGAGCUGCGUCGUAUCGGACAUGAGCCACUGGUGGACAGGUGACAUCGCGAGGGAGUUUGGUGUCCCCAGGCUGACGUUCAAUGGCUUCUGCGGCUUCGCGUCCCUUGCCAGGUACAUCAUGGUCCGCGACAACUUGCUGGAACACGUCGAAGAUGAGAAUGAGCUCGUCAGUUUCCCAGGAUUCCCAACGCCGCUUGAGCUGACGAAAGCAAGAUGCCCUGGAAGUGUAUCUGUUCCCGGUCUGGAUCAGAUCCGUAAGAAGAUGUAUGAGGAGGAGAUGAGAUCCAGUGGUGUUGUCAUAAACAGCUUCCAAGAGCUGGAGGCCUUGUACAUCGAGUCCUUCGAGCAGGUUACAGGGAAGAAGGUCUGGACAGUGGGACCAAUGUGUCUGUGCAACCAGGACAGCAACACGAUGGCGGCGAGAGGAAACAAGGCCUCAAUGGAUGAGGCGCAGUGCCUGCAAUGGCUCGAUUCCAUGGAUCCGGGCUCGGUGAUCUUUGUAAGCUUCGGCAGUAUGGCCCGCACCGCGCCUCAGCAGCUCGUUGAGCUGGGACUAGGGCUGGAAUCUUCCAACAGGGCGUUCAUCUGGGUGAUCAAAGCAGGAGAUAAGUUUCCAGAAGUUGAGGGAUGGCUCGCGGACGGGUUCGAAGAACGGGUGAAGGACAGAGGCUUGAUCAUAAGGGGCUGGGCGCCGCAGGUUAUGAUCCUGUGGCAUAGAUCUGUUGGAGGUUUCAUGACACACUGUGGGUGGAACUCGACAUUAGAGGGAGUCUGUGCAGGCGUGCCCAUGAUCACAUGGCCACACUUUGCAGAGCAGUUUGUGAACGAGAGGCUGGUGGUGGACGUGCUGAAAACUGGGGUGGAGGUUGGAGUCAAAGGGGUGACACAAUGGGGGCAUGAACAAGAGGAGGUUACAGUGACAAAGGAUGAUGUGGAGGCAGCUGUGUCCAGGUUGAUGGAUGAAGGUGAGGCUGCAGAGGAGAUGAGGAUGAGAGCAAGAGAAUUUGGUGUUAAGGCAAGGAAGGCUUUGGUAGAGGGAGGUUCUUCGUAUAAUAAUAUAAAUCUAUUGAUUCAUGAAAUGGGAAACCGGGCAAAUGUAUCUACCUAGCUAGCAUAGAGAAGGGAUUAAGCUCCCUCCCCCCUCUCUGGAGGCAAAAUAUAAUGCAUAAAGACUAUCAAUAGUUAUCUUUGAAAUCAAUCUGUAACCAGGUGGCGCUUUCAAGAAAAAAAGGAGAAAUGGGCCAGCAACAAUCAAUUCCUAUUAAAAUGCAUAUGAAAGGUCAUAGAACUUAGAAGCUUGUUAGAAAUGAAAAAUACAUCACCUACGACCUACAUGUACAUCUGUAUUACAACAUGGUGACUGGAACCUUCAAACAAGUAUAUGUGUUGGAAAUC